CCCCCUCCCAGCUGUCGGUUGAUAGAGUGGGCGGGGCAGCUUGUUGUUUUCCUGCUCUACCUGACAGGUGAGCUCCACUCCUACGGCUCAUCCUCACGGCUCAGUCCGACCUGUGUGCUCCUCUUCCCGGCUGAUUGUGUGGAAACAUGGCGGCGCCGCUCACCGACAAGGAGAAGCGGAAGCAGAUCAGCGUCCGGGGCAUCGCCGGUGUCGCGGACGUGGCGGAGAUCAAACGGGAUUUUAACCGACACCUCCACUUCACCCUGGUUAAGGACCGGAACGUAGCGACGCCCCGGGACUACUACUUCGCCCUGGCCCACACCGUCCGGGACCACCUGGUGGGCCGCUGGAUCCGCACCCAGCAGUACUACUAUGAGAAGGACCCCAAGAGGGUGUACUAUCUGUCUCUGGAGUUCUACAUGGGCAGAACGCUGCAGAACACCAUGAUCAACCUGGGACUGCAGAACGCCUGUGACGAGGCCAUCUACCAGUUGGGUUUGGACAUCGAGGAGUUGGAGGAAAUUGAGGAGGAUGCUGGUCUGGGAAACGGAGGACUGGGACGACUGGCAGCUUGUUUCCUGGAUUCCAUGGCGACGCUUGGCCUGGCAGCGUACGGAUACGGUAUUCGUUACGAGUUCGGCAUUUUCAACCAGAAGAUUAGCAACGGAUGGCAGGUGGAGGAGGCAGAUGAUUGGCUGAGGUACGGGAACCCCUGGGAGAAGGCGCGGCCUGAGUACAUGCUGCCGGUUCAUUUCUAUGGCCGGGUGGAGAAAUCGGAGGGUGGAGUGAAGUGGGUGGACACUCAGGUGGUGCUGGCGAUGCCCUAUGACACUCCAGUUCCUGGUUACCAUAACAACACGGUGAACACGAUGAGACUGUGGUCGGCUAAAGCUCCCAACGACUUCAAACUGCACAACUUUAAUGUUGGAGAUUAUAUUGAAGCUGUUCUGGACAGAAACUUGGCUGAGAACAUCUCCAGAGUCCUUUACCCCAACGAUAACUUUUUUGAGGGGAAGGAGCUGCGUUUGAAGCAGGAGUACUUUGUGGUCGCCGCCACGCUGCAGGACAUCAUCCGCAGGUUCAAGUCCUCCAAGUUCGGCUGCAGAGACCCCGUGAGGACGUCCUUCGACACCUUUCCUGACAAGGUAGCGAUCCAGCUGAACGACACCCACCCGGCUCUCGCCAUCCCUGAGCUGAUUAGGAUCCUGGUGGACAUAGAGAAGCUGGACUGGGACAAGGCGUGGGACAUCACCUAUCGUACCUGUGCGUACACGAACCACACGGUGUUACCUGAAGCACUGGAGCGCUGGCCGGUCUUCAUGUUCGAACAGCUGCUGCCACGACACCUGCUCAUCAUCUACGACAUCAACCACAGACACCUGGAGAGGGUGGCGGCCAUGUUUCCCGGGGACACAGAUCGUCUCCGUCGGAUGUCUCUGAUCGAGGAAGGAGACCCCAAGAGGAUCAACAUGGCUCACCUGUGUGUGGUCGGGUCGCACGCCGUCAACGGGGUCGCUCAGAUUCACUCUGACAUCGUCAGGAACACUGUGUUUAAAGACUUUUACGAAGUGGAACCAGAGAAGUUUCAGAAUAAGACGAACGGCAUCACUCCUCGCCGCUGGCUGUUGCUGUGUAACUCCGGCCUCGCUGACAUCAUCGCUGAGAGGAUCGGAGAAGACUUCCUGUCUGAUCUUCAUCAGGUGAAAAAAAUCCUCCAAUUUGUGGAUGACGAAGCCUUUAUCAGAGACGUGGCCAAAGUCAAACAGGAGAGUAAACUGAAGUUUGCAUCCUUCCUGUACAAACAGCAGCAGGUGAAGGUGAAUCCAGACUCCAUCUUUGACGUCCAGGUGAAAAGGAUCCACGAGUACAAGAGACAACUGCUCAACUGUCUGCACGCCGUAACUCUCUACAACCGAAUCAAGCUGCACCCCAACAGAGAGUUUGUCCCUCGGACAGUGAUCAUUGGAGGAAAGGCGGCUCCUGGUUACCACAUGGCCAAACUGAUCAUCAAACUGAUCACCGCCAUCGGUCAGGUGAUCAAUAACGAUCCUACUGUGGGAGACAGGCUGAAGGUCAUCUACCUGGAGAACUAUAGAGUGUCUCUGGCUGAGAGAGUGAUCCCGGCUGCAGAUGUGUCGGAGCAGAUCUCCACAGCAGGAACUGAAGCUUCAGGAACAGGAAACAUGAAGUUCAUGUUGAACGGCGCUCUGACAGUGGGAACGAUGGACGGAGCCACGGUGGAGAUGGCGGAGGAGGCCGGGGAGGAGAACCUGUUCAUCUUCGGCAUGAGGGUGAAGGACGUGGAGGAGAUGGACAGGAAGGGGUAAGCACGCUUUACAUCACUUCCUGUUUUCUUCAGAGAUUAAGAUCACUGUGUGCAGUCGAGUUUUCACAAAGUUUCUUUUCCUUGUGUCUUUGAGUUUUCCAGAUGGAGGACAAUAGAUGACUUCAAAAGAUAAAUAAAUGUACCAAUAAAUACAGAAAUUAAAACACAAAUAAAUAAAUAAAUACUGAGGUAUAUUGAAAAAAAAUUAAAGAUGUAGUGUAUGUAAAUCCAUAAGGGAAUAAAUGUUGCAAUAAAUAUGGAAAUUAAUAAAUAAAUGCAAAAAAAGAACAUGAUGA